AUGCCACCUUUUCCUCCAUCAUCGUCACCUUUGACGGUGCGAUCAAGUACCAAUCAGAUUGAGAAUAUCCCUUUCGACACUACGAAGAUUGUCGAGGCGUGGGCCCAGGGUUUCAAUGUUGGGGCUCUUGUGCUCUUGAUCCUCUUCACCCUUUGCAACUACCGUCGGCAUGUACUCCUUCACAAAUUGAUUUUGAUCCAGCUUGUCCUCUCUAUUUGGCAUGGCGCUUUCGUCUUUUUCAAUAAUCCCGUCUAUGGAUGGCUGCUAAGCAGCACAGCCAUCUUGCUGUACAUUGCGUACAACAUCCACAAUGUCAUCUCUUGGAUGAAGAUCAAACCUUUUCUGCCACCUCUUGGAGGCAAAAUAUUCCUGAUAUCACUUUUGCUUGUCCAGCCUUAUUGGAUUCUGGAGACAUUCGCCAAUUUCCAGUACUUCAACCUGGAAGGCUCCAUCUUCGAGCAGUCAAGAUUUUACGAGCCUCUUGCGAGAGAUCCCUGGUGGAUUUUCACUACCGUCAAGCUGGUAUGGGUCAUUAAGCGAAACUACGAAUACACCUUGAUCGGUUUGGUUCGAAACAGUCCGCGUUUUGGCAUCAUGUUAUUAUGCAUGUUUAUCUCCAUUGUUUUUCUCAUCACCGACGUCGCCGUAACCGCAACGGUCUCCACGGACCGUGGUAUUAAUCCUUACUGGAGGUUUUCUCUCGUAUUCAAGUGCGCCUCUGAUACGAUAUUCCUAGACGACUUCAAGAGUGUCUUGGACCGGAUUGCAAGUUCCACGAUAAAGCGUCUAGCACAUAUUCCCAAUAGCUCUGUCAAUGGGCCUCGGGGGUCAGUGACUCGUCAACAUGGUAGUUUCUCGCAUCAUGAGUUCCGAUCGGGUCACAGCGUCAGUGUUUCCGCCAAUCCCCAAGGUUCAAGCGGAUGCUCCAAGUACGCCAGAGCCCCAUGGGUUGGUCAGCGACUCGCGCCACAGCACGAGCGUCAUAGCGAUGAGAUGGGUCUGCAGCCCAUUGGUGAUUCAAAGCAGAACCAAAUUAGAGCCGAAACCACCAUUGAGGUGUCAGAGCAAGGAGGGAACGAACCAAAACCUUCAACGUCGACUGGGGCAGGUUCUAGGAAAGAAUUCGGUUUAGGCUCAGAGGAUGAUGUCUUGCUUGGACGAGAGUCAGGGCUUGCCGAGCGAGAUUUUGGCUGGGUCCAGAUGUCAAAGCGAUCCGGAGCAGAGGGACAGACAAACCAGGGUGAUUUGGGAUAUGAUUUCCCAAGAGAGCCUUCGCCAACGCAGGCCAGAGAUAGAACAUAA